AUGGCUCCGAGUGCCCUUCCACUAGAGCUCAUCUACUACAUUGUGGAUCACCUAUCCAACGACACGCCUUCGCUUAGGAACUUCUGUCUCUCUGCCUCUGCACUUGCAAUCGUAGAACAUUUCCAGCAGUCUCCGCAUCUUGUCAAGCAUGUCAGCUGCCUGGACAUCGAUGUCGACCGGCUAUCCUUCCCUGAUAUUGACAAACUUUCCAGCAAUCCAAAAUUCUUCCUCCAGUUCACCAACCUUGAAGCCCUCAUCAUCUCUGCGGCUGCCGAAGAGCCGAUACCAUGGCACUCUGUCCCCGAAGCAAUCACAGUGGCACUCUCGGCGCUCCUUGUCGAGAGGAGUGCGCGGCCGCUUCUGCAUCUGGACCUGCAUAACCUUGACUACAUUUCCCCCGACCUGUUAAUCCUUGCACUGCGUGCCACGACCGAUUUAGCCAUCUCGCGUUGUAUCGGGAGUGAUGAGGAGCCCAACGGUCCCAACCUCGGAAAACACUCUCGCGCGCCUGUUGUGUGCUCGCCGCAGAAGACUGUCAUCGUGUACUACAGCAACUUUCUGCUUGAGAUGCUCGCCUGGCCCCAACUCCGGCCAUACCUUGCCAGUAUCGCCUCGUUCAAAGCAAACGGCGAUCAAGACCCGCUUGAGCCUUUGCUUGCGCUGUAUGUCCUGCUCGCACCAACCAUCCCGGAGAUCCAUUUCCCCGGCGUUGGAGAUAUCUCUGUUGAGCCUGAGGAAGCGGCUGCUCUCGCGCUGCCUUCGUCCUGGCCUGCGCUUCGCACUGUCUAUGCAUACAUAAGGACUCAAAAAGAAUUAGAGGAACAGCCGUCUUGGAUGCUGACCCAGCUGCUUGCCAACGUUGUCGUGCCGCAUUCCACCCCCAAUCUUAAGGAGAUCCGCCUCAACUUGGAGAUGCGCAUGCAAGCUGACGGUGCAGGUCCCCAACUCGAAGGUCCCGCAGCGCAGAAUGGGUCUUUCACUCCCGCCACACCCAUAGCGUGGCAGCUCAACGCGACCACAUUGGCUGCCCUUGAUGCUGCAUGUGCAUCACACCCGACACUCGUGGCUCUGCACUGGACGAUUUCCAUUCGGACCUACUGCCUCAAGCUGCACAGGUAUGCCGACUCGGACCACGCCCUCCUGGAAUUUGCAGCAUGUUGUGAAGCGCUCGAGCGGGCGUUGCCGCAGACCAAAAGUAGCGGACGACUGAAGAUGGAACAUAAGGGCCUAGAUACUUAG